CAAGAUCGCCGCACUCCUUGGCUGUCACAUGGGCGGCCAUCUGCAGGGUGGAGUAGAAUCCGAUAGAGGUGUCACGCCACCAGAAAUCCAUUUAGUUCCCAUUUUGGUUUUCAUCAAGUCCAAUCACUUUUAUCUUGGCUCCUUUGCAUCGAACCCCGCACACUGCAGAAGCCCAUCAUCCCAUCUGGAAGCAGGGCCUGGAAGCAAGACCUGGAAAUAGACAGCAACCAUGAGCACCACGACCACCACCAGCAGCCCACCCGGCGACGGCGGCCUCACGCCGGCGCAGCUCGAGUCCUUCCACCGGGACGGCUACCUGGUGGUGCCGGGCGCGCUGCCGCCCGCGACGGUGGCGUCGCUGCUGGCCGAGACGGCGCGGCUGCUGGACGAGUCGCUCGACGUGUCGUCGCACCCGCUGACGCGCUUCAGCACGGGCGGCAAGUCGGGCGCCGACCACGUGGGCGACGACUACUUCCUGGGGAGCGGCGACAAGGUCCGCUUCUUCUUCGAGGAGGACGCCUUUGACGCCGCGGGCAACCUGACCAAGCCAAAGGAGCGCGCCGUCAACAAGAUCGGCCACUACCUGCACGCCCUGUCGCCGCCCUUUGCCGCCCUGCUGUCCCGGCCCGGCGAGUCGGGCGGCGGCGGCGGCGGCGGCGUGGAGGGCCAGCUGGCCCGCCCGGCCCCCGUGGCGCGCUCCCUCGGCUUCCGCGACCCGCGCUGCCUGCAGAGCAUGGUCAUCUGCAAGCAGCCCGAGAUCGGCGGGGCCGUGCCGCCGCACCAGGACAGCACCUUCCUGUACACGGACCCGCCGUCCGCCGUCGGCUUCUGGUACGCGCUCGAGGACGCCACGCUCGAGAACGGCUGCCUCAGCUUCCUGCCGGGCUCGCACCGCUGGAGCCCCGUGCGCCGGAGGCUGGUGCGCGCCGCCGCCGGGGGCGGGACCGAGAUGGUGGACAAUGACGACGGGGCCGCGUUCCCGCCUGGUGCCGAGUAUGGUGGCGCCCGGCCGGCGGCCGCCGCCGCCGUUGGGGCAGACGAGGCCGCGGGCGCCAAGGUGCUCGACGACGACGGCUACGUCCCGGGCGAGGUCAAGGCCGGGUCGCUGGUGCUGAUCCACGGCAACCUGCUGCACAAGAGCGAGAAGAACCUGAGCCAGAAGGGGAGGAUCAUCUACACCUUCCACAUCAUCGAGGGCGACCUCCCGUACGACGCCCGCAACUGGCUGCAGCCGCCCGCCGAGGGCUUUACCAAAGUGUAUAGCACAUGAUUUGGGUAGGAACCUUCACUGCGGGAAGCACAUGAAAUAAAACAUCAAUACAAAGAUAGACAAAAGACGGAGAGCCUGGUGUUCCUGAUCGACUGAAAACGCAUUUUUGGUUUGCAGGAGAAGCAAGACUUUCCCCGGAUGUGGACAUGCACGCAUCAUGAACGCACUAGUUGAUGAGCUGGCUGAAAUUCAGUCCCCGACAGCUGAGUACAGGAGGAUAAGACAGAAAAAAAAAGGCGAUUAAUAAUGGGAGAAACGGAGCAAAGGCUGAGACGCCCUAAUAAGCGGCGUUUCCUGACCUCGUACGAGCCAUCCCGCAUCCGCUGUAGGCACCCCCCUUUUUUGUUUUAUCCCAGUGAACGAAUGGGAUUCCUAGUAAUUACACAAGCCCUUUCCCCCAGUCCUCUGGGAU